AUGGAAGAAGCUGUUUGGGCCAAACUUCGAUAUUGCCCGUAUUGGCCGGCAAAAAUUGUUAAUGUUCCACCAGGUUUAAAGAAGCAAGCAAGGAAAUUUUAUGUUUAUUUUUUUGGCACCGACAACUAUGCUUUCGUUCAAAUGGAUAACACUGUGAGCUAUUUGCAAAACAAGUCAAAGUACGAAAAGAAGUGGCGUGGACAAAAAUUUUCAGAGGCUAUUGCAUUGUGUGAUGAAUUCAUCAAAAAUCCAAAUGGAUCGUCGUUGCCUGCUCAAAAACAAAUAUUGUUGGCUAAAGAAUACGAAUUUGAGGUUAAGAAGGAGAAAACAAAUGAAGAUUUGUGGUAUACAAAUGAAGUUGUAAAUGUUCAGCCGACUGAAAAUUGCACAGAUUGUGUUGAAAAACAAACGUCCAUUGAUUCACUGAAAGUUGAAAAUCAACAACUUGAGACUGAACUCCGACGCAUGAAAGAUGAUUCGGAUAACAAAUCACAAAAAAUCUAUGAGCUAGAAACGGCCUUGAAACACACAAAAGACACUCACAAAAUAGAAAUAGAUGAGAUGAAUUUGAAAAUGCAACAAUUUACUUCAAAACGUAACGACGAAAGUACUGAUGAUAAACGAGAUGAACAAUUUGAAGUUGAAGGUUUGCUUGAUCAUAAAAUUCAGAAUGGAAAAGAUAUGUUUUUUGUCAAAUGGAAAGGAUUCAACAAUCGUCAUAAUUCCUGGGUACAGCGAAGUAAUUUGAACUGUGAAAAAAUUCUUCAACAAUAUUUAAAAAGUCAUAAGUUGAAAUAG